CCGGGCGGAUUCAGAUACAUUGAUAAGACCUUUCCGUUCGGUAUUCGCUUUUUAUCAAGGUGUACAAUACACCUUAAUAUAUAUCUUAAUUCGUAAUCUGUAAAUAUUACUGAUAUGAGCACAAAUUGUGAUACGAAGAAAAAAUAAUUAUAGAUAAUAAAACUGAUGAUACAUAGUACAUUAUUUUUACCAAAAUUAAAUUUCGUUUUCUUAUUUUUCUUUUUCGUUUUCUUUUUUUUUUUAAUUUCAUUUUCCAUGUGAAUUGACUAACAAAUAACAUUGAAGAUAUAAAUAUAUAGAUUAAAUACGUAAAUACGUAGAUAAUAAUACAUUUUUAUAUCUUAUUAAAAUAUUUAAACAAUACAUAUUUCACUACAAUAUAUUUAUUCACUUUUCUAAGUAGUACCUAUUGUUAAAUUGUGUUUAUAUUUGUCGUUCAUAAUAAUAAUGCUAUUUGCAUUCCAUUAAUAAUUAAUUGGUUUUAUUAAUUUGAUUUUACAUAAAAUAUGUCUACUUCGAUGUCAGUUACUAAGUCUUACACAAAUCGCUUAAAAAGUGAUGUGAAAUGUAUGCUUGAAAAUUUUGAAGGUAACCAAUAGACAAUUUUUAUAUUAUGUGUUCAAUUUUUCCCAAAAUGUUUUCUAAGUUUUAGAUUUUAAAUUUAUACCUACACAAUAUUACAGGUAAUGUUAUUUACAUACAUAAAUUAACUUAAAUAAAAAUUUUAAACAAUUUCUUUUAGAUUAAGUAUAAGAUAAGUAAAUGCGUUUGAACAUAUCUACUUUACUGGGUAUCCCUUUUUCUUCUAAUUGAAUGUUUUAAAAGGCAAUAAAUUUGAAAGUUUGGAGACAAAAUUUUAUAAUUUAUAUAGUUUAUUAUUUUAAAAGACUUGUUUUUUGAUGCUGAUAUUUAAGAAGUUAUGAUAAAAAAAACCUUAAGACUUCAAUAUUAAUUCAAUUAAGUACCAUUGUUCAUUUUCAGAUUUUUUUUUAAAAUGUGUGAAAUAUUGUGUAGUAGUUUUUUUUAUAAGUUUGCAAAUUCAAAAUGCACUAUUUUUAAUUUAUAACAGAUGCCUUGUUUAAAAUUUACAUGCCUCAUUUAUUAACAAAAUUAUUAGAAAUAAAGAAUUCUUUUAGAAACAAACAUUAGUUUAACUAUUCUGUAAUUGAAAAUAAUUUAUAAUUUAAUGCUUCAUAUUAGGAUACAUUUUAUGUUAUAGGUAUUGUAAAACUGUGCAAAACUGAUGAUGAUCAAACUCAGAUUUCCAAAGCUACCAGAAGUGAAUUAAUCGCAUUUGAAAUGGAAGUCAGAGCAGCCAACAUUGUUCGUGCUGGAGAAUCUUUGUUAAAACUUGUUUCUGAUAUGAAGCAGUACCUUAUUUUGAAUGACUUCCCAUCAGUUAAUGAAGCCAUUGCCCAAAAUUCAAAACUCUUCCGCACCAAACAAGUAGAAUGUGAUCGAAAACUAACCAGUUUAGUAGAUGAUAUGUCGACAGAAUUAUAUGAACUCGAAGAAGAAUAUUAUACAUCAAAUUAUAAAUGAAGAGUAGGUUCUAAAGAUUACUUUUAUUAUAUUAAAUUAAUAUAGUAGGUAUAAAGUUUUUAACAAAAUCCCCCCCAGCCAUCAAAUAUGUAUUCAGCAUUAAAUAAAGUAUAAAUUAUUAAUAACACUUUAAACACUAUUUAUAAAACAUAAAAAUAUAAAAAUAGUAUAAUAACAAAAAUUGCUGCAACUGUAAGUUUUAUAUACAUUGAUUUUAGAUUAAGAUUUGUUGCUUCUUUUUUGUAUUUUUUUGAUAAUAUAGAUAAAUUUUGGGCCUUUGAAUCAAGCUCUGGAAAAAAAAUAGACAAUAAUAUUAAAGACAUUUCAUGAAAGUGAACAUUUAAAAUUGAGUGUUUAAUACUCAUGAAAAUAAACAUAUAUAAAAAUUGUAUAUUUUAAUAUAAUAAUAAAAUAUCUGUAGAUUUUAUAAUGACCAGGUAUGAUACAAAUUUAAAUGUACAUUAUUUUCAAUGUGUGUUAACUGGGGGAAGCUAAGCUUAGAGUAUUUUAUUCCAAAUAUUUUAAAAAUAUAUUAUUGAUAACUAAUAAGGCAUUUUGGAUUUUUGUAGAAAUUAUUGAACCUUAAGUAAUAUGAGUUAAAAAUAAUAUUAGUAUUAUGAAUUAGUAAAAGAUAACUACUAGUUGGUAGUAAAGUUUCUUUUUUGUUUAUUUAUAAUAUCCAGGCUAAAUAAGUAUUUAUAUUUAUAAUUAAAUUAUACAUUUGUAUUAUGUGACUAUAUUUGCAUGCAAGUAUAUAUUAACUAUUUAUAAUUUUCAUAACUGGUAUUAUUUCAUGUCUCCAUUAUCUUGUAUCUCAUAAUAAAUUAACAUUAUAAUUUAUAUUUAUAUUAUUAUGUGAAACGAACCACCUAAAGCAAAAUUAACACAAAACACAAAUAUUCGCGUUCCAUUUACGAAAUAAACAAGCAAACAGAAAUAUGCACAUCAAAUGGCAAAGAAAAUGAUCAAAUACCAUAAUAUCUGAAUUUAACAUUAGAUAGAACUCUUAAGUUAUAGAAAACAUUGUGAAAACACAAAAAAAGUCAGUACGAGAAAUGAAAUCAUAAGGUAACUGGUAGGUUCUAAAUGGGGAGCAAACCAUAACACAUUAAGUAACACUCAUAACACCCUGCCUCUUGGCAGCGGCAUAUGUGUGUCCUGUAUAGAGGAACUCUUCUCUUACAAACGAAAUAGAAACACAUAGAAUAGAUGACAAAUGUGAAUGUGGAGAAAUUCAGGAUGAAGGACAUAUUUAAGGGUACCCCAAUCUUAGUACUAGGUAUACCAAUAAGGAUGUAGAAAAAAUUGAAUGACAAUGCCAUACAGCUGGCAGAAUAUUGGAAUGGGAAGUUAUAAAGACAUAGGCGAUAAGCUACUAUGAAUGAACAUGAAAAGAAGAACAUUUUAAUAUAUUAAAUAAUUUUGCCCCCCCCCGUUCUCAUACAAAUUUGUCUAGUUACUCCCAAAUUAUUUUCCAAUGAUUUUGUAUUUUAUCAAAACGAAUAAUCAUACAUCAAGAAUUAGGCAAAUCAAUGAACAAAAGUUAUUAAUAAUUAGUUAUUAUUGUUUGCUAAUUGUGUAGGAUUAAUUGAAAGUUUAAUGAAAUUUAAUCAUAUUAUGGUAUAUUUUUAAUUUUCAACAAAAUUAUUUUACUCUUUAUUUUGAUAAGUGUUUAUUAUAAUUACAACUUUUGUUUUGCAUAGUGCAUCUUUAUUAAUUCAAAAAUAUGUUUUUAUUGUUUAGAUAAUGUCAUGAAGUUUUCAAUGACCUUAAAACCUUUGGAGACAACUUUAUUUAAUAGGUAUAAGUUAAAUUUGUGUGAUGUAAUUUAUAUUAAAACAAUUGAAUAUUAUAACUUUGAAUUUUAAAAUCAAUUUAAAAGUUUUUAUCAUAAGAAGUUGGUAUUAGAUACCAGCUUAAUUUCCCUGGU